CAGAGGCCGGGGCAGGAGGAUUGCCAGCCCCAGGCCAGCCCUGGCUGCAUAGAAAGUUCCAAGCUUGCCUGCGCUGCAGAGCGAGACCGGGUCUCUAUAAGCCUAAGACUUCCGGGUUCCUCUCUCUGGCAAGAUGGCGUCGUUUACCGGGGAGAUGCAGAAGCCGAAGCUCCGGGAGCUGUUGGAAACUGGCAUAGAACUUCUGGAGGAGGUGGAAGCUGCGACCCAACCCACAGGCUCCAAGCCAAUCCAGGAAAAGGUGAGGGAGGCCUUGAAGCUCCUGGAGAAGGCCUCGGACAUGUUAUCGCAGCUCGAUUUGUUCAGCAGGAAUGAAGAUUGGGAAGAGAUUGCUUCCGCUGACCUAAAGUACCUGAUGCUCCCGGCCCUGAAGGGAGCGCUGACGCUGAAGCUGGUGGGCAGCAGCAAACGCCUAGACCUCCUGCAGGAUGCUCGAGAACACUUCAUGAACUUCCUAACCCAGACCCACAGCUACCAUGUGGCCGACUUUCAGCUGCCCUGGGCCCAGAGCAGCUCACCGGAAGGCAACCCUGCUGCCACCUCUGACACCCAGGAGCAAAACCUGGUUGCCAUGGCAUCCCAGAGGCAGACCAAAAUCCAGAGGUACAAGCAGAAGAAGGCGGUGGAGCAGAGGCUGUCUUCUCUGAAAUCGGCCGUGGAGAGCGGCCAGGCUGACGAUGAGCGUGUCAGGGAGUAUUACCUCCUUCAGCUUCGUAGGUGGAUUAGCAUCAGCCUGGAUGAGAUCGAGAGCAUCGAACAGGAGAUAGAGAUCCUGAGGGAAAGAGACGCCUUAGGUGAGACAUCGGCAUCUCGCUCAUCUCCUCAGGAGAGGCCUCCACUAAAACCCUUCGUCCUCACUCGAAGUGUUGCCCAAGCACAAGUGUUUGGAGCUGGGUACCCAAGUCUGGCAACUAUGACCGUGAAUGACUGGUACGAGCAGCGCCAGAAAAAUGAGGUCACACCAUCUCUUCCGGAAGCAGAAAAGCAGGCACCGCCACCGGAGACUUUCACUGUAUCUGAGCAGGAAGAGCCGGACCUGGAGCCAAAGGAAGAUGAAGAUGAGAAUGCCCUCCACAGGAUGCAGGAGUGGGAUGACUGGAAGGACACUCAUCCUAGGGGAUAUGGCAAUCGACAGAACAUGGGCUAAUGUCCCCUCCCCUUGGUGUGAAAAGAUGAAGGCGCUCUCACCUUCCCAGACAAGGAAAACCCUGUUCCCUUCCCUUCCUCGGGCCCCUGCUUCAGGAGUGUGCAACAAAGGCAGAUACUGAAUCUUGCUUUGUAUUCAAUAAAACGCCACUAUCAAGUUUUCUUUGCACCUUAGUUAAUGUCCGGUGCUCUGGUUUAGGCAUUGCUCUCACCAUGGUAUAUUGCAGUUUCUUAAGUGGAUAGUAAGAGUGCGGAGAAAUGGCUGUAUAAUCAUUGACUGUAUGAUUUCUCUUUUAAAAAAAAUAAAAUACAUUUUCUUGGAAAAAAA